AUGACCGCCCCAGAUCAGGGAGAUUCGCCCGUGCCAGUGCGACGGAACGCCAUGUUCCGGAGCUAUCGUCAUUUGCCCAGCACCGGGUAUAACAGUCGGAUCACACUCCAGUCCAAUUUACCCCGUGCCAACACCUCCUCGUUUCGUUCGCAGUAUUUGUCAUCCGAUUUGCCCUAUUUCUGGCUUCAUCGCAGUGCCAGUGCACGGGCUAUUCCAUUGAGCCAUUCAGGAAGUGUGAAUAAUCUGGGCGAAAACGCACCGCUUGUCGAGGACGACUCGUUUGCUUCUCCACGAUUGUAUGAUCAAAGACAAAGGUCGAUUGAGGACUUUUCCAACAUAAAUAUCAGCCCGAACCAGUCCCCAUCCCCGUCCCAUAACGUGUCCAAUCCAUGCCACAUGGUUGAUGACCUGAUGAAUCGACGUUCCCGAACAAACGCGAUUCGAUUCGGUUCAUCUGUGCCAACAGAAUCCAACUCGGUCGGACUGGGCUCAGUGGAUGCGCAAAUUUCUCUGACCAAUCGAUCGAAUCGAUUACACAAUGGAUCGGGCAGUUAUUCACCACCGGAUGAACCUUUGGAUCGAUCAAUCAUUUUUACCAACCCGAAUAUCAAUGGAGCCGGUCCGGGGAGUAUUGCAAUGCGUAAUGUGAGCUUAGAAAGUGUACCCCGGGUCCCUGUCCCCGCGAGUCGAUUGUACUCACGUCAUUCCUCGUCCAAUCCACGUGUUGUUCGUCGUCGUGUGGUCCUGGACACAACAGAUAAUCCCAUUCCACCGGUGAAUAAUGCAACGACGAAUUCCGCCGGCGUGCGCAGACGAGAACGUUCUAUGCUUUCCAGUGGAAUGGACGAUCGUCGAAACAGUGUCCCGAUGAGAACCGGCUACCGGAGUCGUGUGAACACGCAUCAUUCGACCGAUCGGGUCCGAUCCCAUGCGUUUGGCACCGUCCCACCUGAUCGGCCGCGGCCCACAGCCACCGCCACCACGACCACCACCGGCACUGCCGCCGCCACCAUCACCGGCAGCAGCAACGAUCGGGAGAUUCAUGUGCGACAUGUGCCCAGUAUUGCGGUAGUGCAUUGUCUGAGUGCAGCCAAUGAGGCUCCCAGCACCACCAGCAUCAGUGGUGCGAGUAGUAUUGAGGAUGUGCAUCCCUCAGCCAUGAUGAUCACACCGGAUAUACGUCGAGUUCAGAAUCGCGCCAAGUCAUGUGAGUCCUCGACACGGGAAAAGAGCAGUCUGACCAAAGUGUCUGAUGCUUCACAUGCCCUACGGGGAAACAACGAUUGGCGCGUAAGUAAUCCUCGAGUAGUACUCUGCCUAUUGCCCACAUGUUUACAAAGAUGA